UAAGGUGAAUUUACGGCUGAUGCAGCUAGUGGUGCUACUCCGUGGUUACAGAUGACUUGAAGCCAAUGUGAUUAGCCUGGCUCUGCAGGCGUUGGAUUGGGCCGCAAAUAAAUACAACAUCAAUUCAACAUUACAUUUACAGGACACGUUUUUAUAAGACAAUUAAUUGAAAUUGUGAAAUGCAGGUAAUUGCAGAAUCAUGCGUUUUCACUGAAAACUUGCAGUGCACAUCCGAUAGGCGUCGCAAUGACUGGGAAGAACAUAGCUUAUGUUCUGGCUAGUAAGCUAACGCUCAUACUGGCGAAUUCUAUUUCUGCUUUACUGCCAGCGUUUACCUAGCUUUCUGACUGGCUAACAAACGCUGCUGUAAGUCUACACGCUUUGUAUGUCAUGCUAUUGAUGUUUUCAGGCAAUUAUGUUAUUUAUCGCAGGUUGUUAUAGUUAGCCGAGCUAGUUAGCUAACGUUAGGAUAUUGGACAUGCAUCGUAGGUAACUGACCAGAUUGCUAACUAUGGUAGACAGUGAUCAAUUGAAAAAUAAUGCUGAUCUCUUCCUAGCUAGAAGGCGGUACUGCAAAACGUUCAUUUUCAUUUAAAUCAGUCAUUCAUGUAAAUCAGCACUAGCAAACUUGCUCAUUAGAUUCAUAAUAACGUUAGAAUAUUUUUUAAAUUCCUGGUCUGUAUUUAGCGUUAAACAAGAUAAUGUUAAGUAACGUUAGCUAGUUCAUUCACGGAUUGGCUGGUUACUUAAAGCUAAUUAGUUACAGUUGGACUUUGUAUCAAAGUAGGACAAGAUAACGUUAGCUAACGGUGCAUACAUCCUCGACUCUGGGUAUGAAGUUCAGUACCCUGUAUUAUAAUGUUGCUAAAAUUAAUUUAUAGAACAUAGGUUACAAUGACGGUGGCUAUCUGCACGUUAUUAAACAUGUGCACACGGGACUGAAUGGCAAGUUAACCUCACCAAAAAGUAUGAAGAAAACCAUCACUUAAGCAUUCACCUCCAUACACACACUCGGAAACUGUAAGGCUUGUCUGUCAUUCUACAUACAUUGACUGAAUAGCCAGCUAGCGAACUAUCGCUGUGCCUUUAAUGUUUGGACUGCGAUUGGUUUCCUUUUUUAAAUCCUAUGCUCAUCACAUGGGAGGGUCACUGACACCAUGCCAACAGGCUGCUUGUGGCUAUGAAGAAGAAAAAGUGAUGGAACCAGGGGGGAGAUUGCCUGGAGCUCUCACGUUCGAGGAAACUUUAUUUGAAUGAAGUACCCAAACUGCCGCAGUCUCCGUUUUUUUAACAGUGCUGUAAAUGUCGCUUUGAUUCCUGCGUGUCGGCUUGUGCCAAGAAGAGAGAGGGGAAAACGUAGAGCACCAGUGUCAGCCCAUCUUCCGGGAAUACGUGUAGCAGAGAUUUAUUUGUGAUUCUUUUAGCUGGACCACAUGACCAAUGGAGAAAUUAAACACCUGUGUGAUAUAGUUUCAGCUCCCCGUUGAAUUUUGUAACGUGGCUUCUUUUGGAAAUGAGCAUGUAUCACGCCAAACGGGAGUCAUGUAAGGCGUGGAAUUGGAUCACUCGUAUUUUCUUGGGUGUAGCACAAAUAGAAAACGUUAGCAAAGUCAAGCAGCGCAAUAUUUGUUUUAUUAAACUUCGCUUUUUGUAUAGCAUUGCCAGCGACCCCAUUAUCUGGAAUCGGCCGUUCUAACCAUGUCUCUGCCGCUCUCUGUGCCUGCACGUUUUUAAGGCUGUACACUCGCCAAUAACACAACGUCUUGCUGAUGGUUUACAUGUGCGCCUAAAACUUUUAUAACUUGGAACAUUGUAGCCUAUGUAAUGUAGAGGGGAGGAGUAUUUUUAUAUGUUGUUCAGCACUACAAUACAGUCAACGGAUUGCCAAGAAGCAAGGAUGCCUGUAAGAAAAAAAAGACACGGCUCGGGCCUUAGGGCUGCUGGAGGACUACUGUACUAAACUGCGAAAACCAGAGGAGCAACAGCUUAAAACUGCCAUUCUGAGAGUGAUGGGUAUCUUCAAGAGCAGCCUGUUCCAAGCUUUACUAGAUAUUCAGGAAUUCUACGAGGUGACGCUGCUGAACACUCAGAAGAGCUGUGAGGAGAAGGUGGAGGAAGUCAAUAACAUGGCGGAGAAGUGGGAGCGAGCUGGCUCCCCGACCGUGAUCCUACAGCACCACUGCCCAGGAGAGGAGUCGCGAGACCUGAGCAGCUCGGAGCAGAACGGGAUGGAGCAGGCCGAGAACAGCGCCGGGCAGAACAGGCCGGCCGCCGUGCAGGGGUCCCCACCCGCCACCCAGCCCCCGGCAUGUAUGAACCCCGCCCUGAUGAGCGCACCCUGGUACAGGUACCAGGAUGAAGACUCGCCUCCGCAGGACCUUGGCUUCCCCCGUCUGACCAAUGAGGUUCGGGCGCCGGAGCUGGUGCACGUGUCGGAGAAGAACCUCUCGGAGAUCGAGAACGUCCACGGCUACGUAUCCCACUCGCACAUCUCCCCGCUCAAGCCUGCGCUGGUUACCCGUUUUGAUCUUACAUACCCGGGUCUGACUGCAGCAAGCUACCUGGCCAGCCCCGCCCCAAUUAUAGUCAACACGGAGACGCUGGAGACUGUACCAUAUGUCAACGGGACUGAAAUCGAAUAUGAAUUUGAGGAAAUCACGCUAGAGCGGGGGAACUCAGGGCUGGGAUUCAGCAUCGCCGGAGGGACGGACAACCCCCACAUCGGCGAUGACCCCGGGAUCUUCAUCACCAAGAUCAUCCCGGGCGGGGCGGCUGCGGAGGACGGGCGGCUCAGAGUGAACGACUGCAUCCUGCGGGUGAACGAGGCCGACGUGUCCGAGGUGUCUCACAGCAAGGCCGUGGAGGCCCUGAAGGUGGCCGGCUCCAUCGUGCGGCUCUACGUGCGACGGAGGAGGCCCAUGCUGGAGACGGUCAUCGAGAUCAAACUCAUCAAAGGACCAAAAGGGCUGGGGUUCAGCAUCGCUGGAGGGGUGGGGAACCAGCACAUCCCCGGAGACAACAGCAUCUACGUCACCAAGAUCAUCGAGGGCGGAGCGGCACAGAAGGACGGCAGGCUGCAGGUCGGGGACAGGCUGCUCAUGGUGAACAACUACACAUUGGAAGAGGUGAGCCACGAGGAAGCGGUCGCCAUCCUGAAGAACACGUCUGAUGUAGUGUACCUGAAGGUGGGGAAACCCACCAGCGUUUACUUAUCGGAAUCCUAUGGGCCUCCUGACAUCACACACUCCUUCUCUCCAGCCAUGGAAAACCACAUCUCUCCCGCCGGCAACAACGGCUCCCUGGAGUACAAGUCCAGUCUCACGCCCGUCUCCCCAGGAAGGUACUCCCCCAUCCCAAAACACUUGCUUGGGGAGGAGGACAUUAACAGGUUGGAUGGUUUCUCGUUCUUACGAAAUUCCUCAUUAGAUGACGGGGAGAGUCACAGGUUUGAUUCCCAGCACUUCCAGUUGAGCAGGCCUCCAGAGCCAGUUUACAGCACUGUGAACAAACUGUGUGACAGGGCCCCGUCCCCCCGCCACUACUCCCCCCUGGAGUGCGAUAAAAGCCUCCUGCACUCGGUCCCCUUCCCUCACUAUCACAUAGGUCUGCUCCCCGACUCCGAAAUCACCAGGGAGCCCCGCAAGAUUGUCCUGCACAAGGGCUCCACUGGCCUGGGCUUCAACAUCGUGGGAGGUGAGGAUGGCGAGGGGAUCUUCGUCUCCUUCAUCCUGGCGGGAGGGCCAGCCGACCUGAGCGGGGAGCUGCGGAGAGGAGACCAGAUCCUGUCUGUGAACGGCAUCGACCUGCGAGGCGCCACCCACGAGCAGGCGGCGGCAGCGCUCAAAGGGGCGGGGCAGACCGUGACCAUCUUCGCGCAGUACCGACCAGAGGAGCUCGCUUUGUGCUCCCCGAGACGGGCUCCGCCUCCAGCACCAGAGUACGGCCGCUUCGAGGCUAAAAUCCAUGACUUGCGGGAGCAGAUGAUGAACCACAGCAUGAGCUCCGGAUCGGGAUCACUGAGAACCAAUCAGAAGCGCUCGCUCUACGUCAGGGCCCUGUUUGACUACGAGAAGGCCAAGGACAGCGGCCUGCCCAGCCAGGGCCUCAGCUUCAGGUACGGGGACAUCCUCCACGUCACCAACGCCUCCGAUGAUGAGUGGUGGCAGGCCAGGAGGGUCACCCCCGAUGGGGACAGCGAGGAGAUGGGCGUCAUCCCCAGCAAGAGGAGGGUGGAGAGGAAAGAACGGGCAAGACUAAAAACAGUGAAGUUUAAUGCCAAACCAGGAACAAUUGAUUCUAAGGGGUCAUUCAAUGACAAGCGUAAAAAGAACUUCAUCUUUUCACGAAAAUUCCCAUUCUACAAGAACAAGGAGCCGGGUGAGGCAGAGGGCAGUGACUCUGAACGGAGCCAAGAGGAUUUAAUCCUAUCCUAUGAGCCAGUCAUCCGCCAAGAGAUUAGCUACGCCAGACCAGUCAUCAUCCUUGGACCCAUGAAGGACAGAAUCAACGAUGAUUUAAUAUCAGAGUUCCCGGACAAAUUUGGAUCAUGCGUGCCACACACCACGAGGCCAAAGCGGGAGUAUGAGGUGGACGGGCGGGACUAUCACUUUGUCACCUCCAGGGAGCAGAUGGAGAAGGACAUCCAAGAGCACAAAUUCAUCGAGGCCGGCCAGUACAAUGACAACCUGUACGGGACCAGCGUCCAGUCUGUCAAAUAUGUGGCCGAGCGAGGCAAACACUGCAUAUUGGACGUGUCAGGAAAUGCCAUUAAACGGUUACAAGUAGCACAACUCUACCCUAUUGCCAUCUUCAUAAAGCCCAGAUCUGUCGAGUCCUUAAUGGAGAUGAACAAGCGGCUAACAGAGGAGCAGGCAAAGAAGACGUACGACCGGGCAAUGAAGCUGGAGCAGGAGUUUGGGGAGUUCUUCACAGCUCUGGUGCAAGGAGACACAUUAGAGGACGUUUAUAAUCACUGUAAGCUGGUGAUAGAGGAACAGUCUGGACCUUACAUCUGGAUUCCUUCGAAGGAGAAAUUAUAAAGGCAACCCAGGCCAGGGAUCUGAGACUGCAAAUAAUAGGAAUAAUUUGUAUAAUACAAUAAAUUAUUAUGGAAAUGGUUAUUAUUAAUAAUUCCAAUGAUUACCAUGAACUUUUUUGUUGCAUUAUCGUUUUCUUCACUUUCAAAAUGAAUGUUCCUGAAUGUACACCACCAAGUGUUCAAAAUAUUUUGGCCUCAAAAAAGAAUGGACUUGUUUGUUCAUGUAUUUAUUAUUAUUUUGUUUUAUUUGUUGUUGUUUUUUUUAAAUUUUUUUUUUAAGAGAAGGUGAAAGAAACAAAAGUCCAUGUCAGAUGUGUAUCCUCAGACAAAAAUAACAAGCGGAAGGACAAGGAAGACGACCCAAUGGCCCUGGAACUCAGAACAUCAUCAACAACACACAGAAGACAGAAAAUAACGGCUUCUUUUGCUUUCCAACUGAUGAAUAGCACUCAGUGUCCUCAAAACCUCAUUUCACAUUAGUGGUUGUAAUAAGUAGUGAGUUUCGUAUCUAUGCACUCUCUAGACCCUUGGAUACUUUCUGUAAUGUAGUUUACUUUCAGUUUAUUAUUGUUUUCCUAAUUUAUUAUUUUUUUCUAUUCAUUUUGUUUGAAUUUGUGUUUAUGGACAAUUUAUAGUUUGCAAUUGUUCAUGUUUUCUAGUGAAUUCUUCCUUUAAAAAUAUGAAUAAGAGAUACUUUAAUUUAGAGAGAACAAAGGGAUACAACUAGGAAUAGGAAAUUUGACACUAUAUUUUGCUAUUUAUAUUGAUAGAGGGCACAACAGCACAGAAAAUAUUUAUAACGAAGAUAUAACUUUGUAAAAAACAAUAAAUUUUAAAAAAUGAGUUUUACUUGUGUAACAUAGUGUGUUGUGGUAGAUUUAGUAUUGAUGGAGAUUUUGUAAGAAAGUAAGCAAAUAUGUAUGGAUUAUGUCCCUUGUUGGGUUGGGGAAUUUACAGUUUUGUGGUGCACUGUGGUGACCAACACGUUUACCCAGAUCUGAGUUCCAAGCAAAGUAUUUCCCCCUCUAAAGUUUGCAUGAACCAGGGAUGUUUCCCCAUUCGGCCGCUUUCCUGAUGCUGCAAACAUUUUUUGAGGUGGUUUUUCCCAUAUAAGGCAAGAUUCGUAGGCCUGAAGGUCCAAAUUUCAAGUGUCAAAAACAUUUGCAAUAAGCCCCAUUUAUGGCCUACGACAUUGCUACUGAGACUCUGCUUGGGAGUAAAAAUGGAGGAAGAUUGUGCUUGCGACCACAUGGUACUGCAAGCUAUUGAAGGUCUCAUUGUAUAGAAAGCUACUUAUAUGGUUCCCUUUGAUUUAUAAUGUACAGUUAAUAUUUGACCAAUCAAUGUUGAGGUUGUGUACACAUCUCAUUCAUGUAUUGUUAUUUAUUUAUUACUCUGUAUAGAAAGAGACUGUGUAUCUUCUUCCUUUAUUUGUGAACUCUUGCCACCAGGAGUGGAUGUCAGCCCACUGGUGUCAGAAACGGGAUGGCCUGAAAGUCAGACUUCAUCCACCAAAGUAAACUACCUUCAGGUGGUGGUGGAGUAGCAUAUUUUGUGUUUGCUAUACAUUCACUAAUUUCAUCUGUCUGUCUGGAUGGAUUGGCUCCUCCGACGUAUUGGUCACCACUUGCCUUAAAAGAGAGAGAGGAAAUUCUGACAAAGGUUUUUGCUACUUUCUGCCUCUGGCAUCUUUGUAACCUCAUUACAUCUACUGUUUACUAACUGAAAUAGGACUUGUUGGUAGAACCCAUCGGGCAUUUGUAGAGAAAAUGGGUUGAGAGGGGAAACUCGGAACUGUACAGUUUGGUCUGAAUUCCCAAAAAAGCAGCCAUAGCAUUUAAAAGGCCAUUUUAAAGUAAAGACCUUGUCACUUUUUCAUCCAGGGAGAAUUAUAAGUUGAGGCUAAAUGAUUAUUUAAUUAAAUAUUGCUGAACAUUCUUUUUACCUGAAGCAUAUCGUUCUAUAAAUCAAUUAUUGAUUCUGAGAAAAAAUGUUUUUGAUUCAUUGUCUGUUUUACCCCUUCCUCCACCCACAUAUCAAUGACUGUCAAUAUCCAUGAGCGAUAUUGAUAUAGUUUCCAGUAAAUCUGCGUUUAUGUUGUCUUUGGUGCACUAGCAUGUAGCCAUUCAGAUUGGCCACACUCACUGCCCGUGUGUAUGUGCUUUAAAGUGGGGAACAAGACGUUUUCAAGUGGUGUUAGCAUAUUUAGGAGAACGCAUGAUAUUUCAGUCACACAAAGGGCACUGCUAUUCUCAGGGUUACCAGAUAGGGUUUGGCAAAAUCUGAUGCCAAACCUCCUGAAUUGUCAAAGGAUAGUGCUGUCUCACAGCGUGUGAGCUUCAACGCAGUUUGAACGGCCGAAAGUCCGUACGCCAUUUCAACUCGGGAAAAGGCACGCAGCCUAUUCUACUUUCUGUUUCUGCAUGCAACCUUUCAGUCUCCUUUAUUACUGUCGUACUGUUUUUGUAUUUUUUUUCAGAGGGGGAGAAGGGCAUUAGGCGCUCGUUUUGUGGCUGACUGCACAGAUGACUUUGAUUUUUAGACAUAUAUGUUGGGUUUGCUUUUCAUGGCAACCAUUGCAUCGAAGGAAUUCUUUCAUGUUGAGUUAUGCUUUUCGAAUUGCUGUUAACGGUGUAAAAUGUUGUACAUAAAAUUUGUCUUAUGUAUCUUAUGUUUAAUGGGGGAAAUGUGCUCCGAUUUCAUUUGCUUUGCAAAAACAUUGCUACUGAUUUUUUUUUUUUGGGGGGGGGGGGGGGGGGGUGGAGGGGUGUAUUUUACAGUAGCAGUCAUGGAGGUAUACAUGUUUAAUGCCCUCAAAAUGUUUUUACACCUGUCAACAUCACCCUAUAUUCUCAUCAAAGUUUAAGAUUUUUAUUUUACUUUAUGAUACAGAACCACCCCCUUCUGCCUGACUUGACAUUACUUUCGGAUAAUGUUCAUUGAGCUCAACACAGAAAUAAUAAACACGGACAAACCCGUCUGAUUGUAGACAUCAUAUCCAUCCAUUCCAUUGGUGUAAGCGUCACGCGCACUUGACACACAUGGGACUGUACAGCUACCAACACCAAUAUUUGUUCUUUAAACUUAAAAUUGUUUUUAUUUCUUGUUUUUUCUUUAUUUUUAUUUUCUAAAAAAAAGAUAAGAAAGUGAAAAUGGAACAUGUCUUUGCAUCAUGUUACCGUAUGUACUCCAGAUUGCUUCAAAGAAUCACUGAAAAAUACAUUGCUUUAGGCAUACAUGAAGGUACUAUACUCCGCAUCCAUCUUUAAAAAUAAAUCUAAAUUAAAGGUUUGGUGAGACUUUUAAGAAGGCA